UCCUGUUUUGUCAGUGUGCUGUACGAGGGAAAGGAGCGUCUAAUCCAGGGCUGCGAGGUCAUCCAGGCGACGCCGUACGGCCGCUGCGCCAACGUCAACAACAGCUCGGCCACCUCGCAGCGCAUCUUCAUCACCUUGCGCCGGGCGCCGCCCGUCCAGCCGCAGAACUCCCUCGCCGUGACGGACAUCUGCGUCAUAGUCACGAGUAAAGGGGAGAUACCGCCGCAUACCUUUUGCAAGGUGGACAAGAACCUCAACUGUGGCAUGUGGGGCUCAAACGUGUUCCUGUGUUACAAGAAAUCCGUAUCUGCGUCCAACUCCAUCAGUUACAAAGCCGGCCUCAUCUUUCGUUACCCAGAAGAGGACUACGAGUCUUUUCCUCUGUCCGAGUCUGUCCCACUGUUUUGUUUGCCCAUGGGCGCCAAGAUCGAGUGUUGGGCACCGAACACGCGUGACCCUUUGCCCGUCUUCUCCACGUUUGUCUUGACCAUUUCGUCUGGUGAAAAGGUGUAUGGAGCAGCCAUCCAGUUCUACGAGUCGCAUCCGCUGGAUCAGUUAAGCGAGAAGCAGAAGAUCCAGCUGGGCCUGCUCACCACGGUGGAGAAGAAGGUGAUCCCCAACCGGCCAGUAAACAGCAAUAAGUGCAUCUGCCUGCUCUCCCGCUGGCCCUUCUUUGAGUCCUUCCGCAAGUUCUUGAUGUUCCUCUACAAGCUGUCCGUCUCCGGCCCUCACCAUCUGCCUAUCGAAAAGCACAUCGCGCACUUCAUGCACAAUGUGUCAUUUCCUUCCCCUCAAAGGCCAAGAAUAUUGGUCCAGCUCUCGGCACAUGACACCUUGAUCCUCUCCCAGCCUGUGUGUACGCCCUUGCCACUCAGCGGGGCGGACUACGGCACUCUGCUGAUGAACCUGGGCUCGGAGAACUGCGCCACCCUGCUGCACUUUGUCCUGCUGGAGAGCAAGAUCCUGCUGCACUCGCUCCGGCCCGCCGUGCUCACCGGAGUGGCAGAAGCCGUGGUGGCUAUGAUCUUCCCCUUCCAGUGGCAGUGUCCCUACAUCCCCCUCUGCCCGCUCUCCCUGGCGGGCGUCCUCAAUGCCCCCUGUCCCUUCAUAGUGGGCGUGGACUCCCGCUACUUUGACCUUUACGACCCCCCGCCGGAUGUCGUCUGUGUGGACCUGGACACCAACACUAUCUACCUUUCAGACGAAAAGAGACACAGCAACUGGAAGAAUCUGCCAAAGAAGCCCUGCAAGAGUCUCAUUAACGCACUGAGUAACCUGCACCACCAGCUGGCCACUGUUUCAGUACGUCAAACCCCACAGGACGACUCUGCAGUGGACAUGACCCCCAUCGAGGCGGACUUCACCUGGCACAAGAAGAAGACCGCGCUGGAGAUGGAAAUCCAGGAGAACUUCCUCCGCUUCAUGGCUUCCAUCCUCAGGGGCUACCGCAUCUACCUCAAGCCCAUCACACAGGCGCCCUCCGAAAAGGCCACGGCCGCAGACUCCCUCUACGACCUGCAAGGGUUUCUCAAAAGCAGAGACCGAGCCCACCAGAAGUUCUACUCCCAGCUCACCAAGACCCAGAUAUUCAUCCGCUUCAUUGAGGAGUGCACCUUCGUCAGUGACAAAGACACUGGUCUGGCCUUUUUUGACGACUGCGUCGAGAAGCUUUUUCCCUCUGAUAAAAUCAGCGACAAGGGCACCAAGGUUGAAGGGGAGUCAUUUGAGGACACGAGACUGCUGGAGCUGGACGAGUCCCAGAAGAGUGAACACACAGUUUUCGUCAUGCCUCCUGAGCCUCCAGUGGGCGAUGGAACUGAACAUUCCCCCAGAUACACCUACAAAAGUUUCCCCAGGCUGCACAUGGAGCUGUUCGACCGCCCGAGGGAGUUCCGCCCGGCGCUCAGCAGCAGAGCGGCGGGGGCCAGUCUGUGCAGCAGCCCCGCCCUCCUGGCCAAGAGGACGAAGCAGGAGAUCAAGCUCGCGUACAAGAUGGCCAAGCGUUUCUACUCCAACCCCCCGCUGUGGGCCCGCUGCAUGUUCAGUCACUGCUACAGCCUGUGGUUCAUCUGCCUGCCGGCCGCUGUGCGGCUCUCCAAGUCCAAAAGCCGCGCCAUGCAGCAGGCGUACUACGUCCUCCUGAAGAUGAGGACCACCGAGGUGGAGGUGCUGGAUGAGGUGUGUUACCGAGUGGUGAUGCAGCUCUGUGGUGUAUGGGGUCUCCCCGUCAUGGCCGUGCGAGUCCUGGUUGAGAUGAAGAAAGCUGGAGUGCAUCCGAACGCCAUCACAUAUGGAUACUACAACAAGGCCGUCUUGGAGAGCCCGUGGCCCAGCAGGAACCGCAGCGGCCUCUUUAUGUGGACCAAAGUUCGUAACGUGCUUCGUGGAGUGGCGCAGUUCAAGCACUCGCUGGACCGGACCCCUUCCAGUAAGGACCCCCCCACAGCCGCAUCAAUAGGGGGUUGCGCCGUCACCGACGCUGACCGUUUGAGUCACGGAAGUGCCGGCAGCUCGAGUGAGGUCAACGGGGAGGAACACGACCUGUUUGCCGGCAGCCACGGCAUGGAAAGCACACCAGACAACCACUCCAGCACAGGACGCCAGUCCGACCAAGGCUACGGCUCCAAGGAUGAGUUGCACCAGGAGCUUUUGCAUUCAGCUGUCCUCUCCGCCGAGGAGAGGAACCAUUCCAGAGCGCAGCACAACGGAGGUGACAUUGCUGGCUCAGUGGACAGUGCUGUCGCAGUUGCAGACGUCCUCGGUUCUGUUGAUGUCCCGUCACCUGUCCCCAGUAUUGUGAAGCUGUCCACGGGGAGCUUUGAUAGUGGCAGGGAAACGGGUCCGGGGAAGCUGUUCAGAAGAAACAGCAAGGCCGAUCGCGUGUCUCUCCCUGAAGACGACGCCUCACUGCCCUCGGGGGAUGUAGCUAACCAACCCCAACAGCAGCGGCAAAAGUCCUUCGCCGAGCGCAGCUGUAGCUUCAGCGCUGAGACGCGCGCCGGGAUGCUCCUCGAGAAAGGCGUGGACCACAUGGCCAGUCAGAUGGGUGCCGAUGCCCGAAUCCUGGCUGCAGCGCUCUGCGCAGGUCAAAGUCCGCCCCCCAAUAGUGUGUCCAAAGCCCUUUUUAAAGACCUGGAGGAAGAGCCUGAGGACGACCAGGGCUUGAUAUCAGUGAAGCUGCCAGAGGAGGAGGGAGAAGCAGCAGCGGAGGGGCAGGAGAUGGAUGUGGACGUGACUGAGUUAAAAAAGGUCCAUCGAGAGAGGAAGAACACUGAAACAAACGGGGAGGACCCUGGGCUGCGGGGGCCAACCUUGGAAAGAGCUGACGUGGAGGCAGGCGCCGACCCGCUUUCCCUGCUGGUGACGGAGAGCGACGAGUCGGCCUCCGUCAGCAGCCAGGAGCCCCCGCGCUCCGUGCCCGCCGUGGUGUCCCGCAACCUGGCCGAAGAGAUCGAAAUGUACAUGAGCCUGAGGGGCCCCACGGGCGUAAAGUCCUCCAGCAUGGAGCUCCAGGAGUCCCAGGGAGACUCCGCCGACCCGCCGGGAUCCAAACAGCCUUUGGAGCGCCGGUGCAGCCUCCCCGUGCCGCCUGUCAAAACUCCAACCGGCUCCCCGGGCGAUACGCCCAAGCGCAGCCCGGCGCCCGUGACGCGCUCCAAGACCUUCGCGGCAAAGACAAAGACCGUCGCCGCCACCGGCGGCGCAGCGCGUAGCCCAGGCCCUCGAUCGUCCUCGCUGACGGCGCUGGUCAAGUCCUCCCAGGGAGGGUCGUUGGGCUCGGUCAUCAACUCCUUUUCAGGCAUCAAGAUGGACCACCUCUUGUCGGGACCUAAGAUUGAUGUGCUCAAGUCCGGCAUGAAACAGGCAGCAAAUGUGGCCAGCAAAGUGUGGGGAGCGGUCGCUUCGGCUUACUCCUACUCGGAUGACGAGGAAGAAGCGGCUCAGGGUGGCGGCGGUUUCCCGUCCCAUCUGGAUGAACACAUGCUGGCUGCGAGUGACGCGGAUGAGAGCCCCGAGAGAGGAGCCAUCCCGGGCUUGGUGUCCAACGGCCUCAACCAGAGCCGCACCAGCCUGGGCAGCAGCAGUGGCAGCAGCGACACGGGCCGGGGCGUUACCACACAUCCACUUCCCGGACGAGCAGGGAGGGGUCCGGACUCUGAGCAGAGCUCCUCGCAUCACGCCUCCUCCUCGAGCAUUUACCAGAACUGUGCCCUGGAGGUGCUGAUGUCCAGCUGCUCCCAGUGCCGCUCUUGUGAAGCCCUGGUGUACGACGAGGAGAUAAUGGCGGGCUGGACGGCCGACGACUCCAACCUGAACACCAACUGUCCCUUCUGUCGCACGGCCUUCCUUCCGUUACUGCACGUCGAGUUUCACGACUUGCGAGCUAUGACCGGGUUCUACAUGAACCCCGGUGCCUCAGGAGACAGUAUCCACAGCACCAGCAACCAUCCCACAGGCAGCAGCUCCGCUGACAUUAAGACAUCGGACCUUAUUACUUUCCCCGAAGAGGAACCCAGGGAGACUCCAGACAAACUGCCUGUUGCACAGAAGAGUGUGGUCCCAGAGCCGGUGCAGCCGGACCCCUUGGGUCUCCUGGAGCACCAGGCGGCGGGGAAGCAGCGCAGCAGCAGUGUGACGUCACUGACGCGCAGCAACAGUGUCGGGGGUCCGCUGCAGAGCCUGGACUACUCCCAGAGACCCGGACACGGCGUCUCCACCACCAGCCUGCCCUGCAGCCUGCAGGCGGCGUCGGACGGCAUGGGGACUAAAAUGGCGAACCCUAAGCCUGUAUCCGUUCCGUACCUCAGCCCCUUGGUGCUGCGCAAGGAGCUGGAGACCCUGUUGGAGAACGAGGGCGAUCGGGUGAUCUACACCCACAAGUUCCUCAGCCAGCACCCAAUCAUCUUCUGGAAUCUGGUUUGGUAUUUCCGUCGCCUGGACCUUCCCACUCACCUACCUGGCCUCAUUCUUACCUCUGAACACUGUAACAAGGGCGUACAGCUGCCCCUGACGUCGCUGUCCCAGGACAGCAAGCAGGUGUACGUCCAGCUCCUGUGGGACAACAUCAAUCUACACCAGGAACACGGAGAGCCGCUCUACCAGCGCUGGAGGACCUUGUUGGAGAAGAAGGGGAUGCUGGCACCGACGGACCACCACGAGAUUCGUACCCUCCUCAACACGAUUGUUCGCAACAUCCAGACCAACGACAUCUACGGGCCGAUCAACCUGCUGAUCCGAGAGAUCAAACGGCGCCCAGAGGGUGUCAAAAGGCAGAGGAGUAUCUAUAGAGAAAUAUUGUUCCUCUCACUGGUGGCGUUGGGGAAGGAGAACAUCGAUGUCGAGGCCUUCGACAGGGAGUACCGCUCGGCCUACGACGAACUGAGCGCCGAGCAGCUCAAGUCUCUGCACCUCAUCGACCGCCCGCCCAGCCCCAGCGUCCAGUGGUGCCUCAAAUGCUUCGGGACCCCGGUCAUCUGACCACACACGUACACAUACCUGCGGCACAGACGGAAUCUUGACUGGUAAAAGUGCGACAGAAGGAGGGAAGGACAUGCGGCGUGAGCGCAGAAUGGUUUCAUGUUCACUUGCGUCUAAUUGCCGAAUCAUGAUAUAUGGUACAACCCAUCAUCGGCUUUUUUUUCUUCUUUUUUUUCCUUCAUUUCUUUUAAACAACCUUCUGAUUUUUUUUUUUCCCCCACAGAGGCUUUCCAAGCAGCUAUUUACAGGAGGGACUGUUUAUUUAAAUGGUUUGGAGAGCUGCAGUGAAUUCUUUAGGACUAGCUGAUGUGUGCUUCUCCACAUAUGGUGUAUAGAAUUAUAAAACACUGUACAGAGUGUGUGUGUGUGUGUGUGUGUGUGUGUGUGUGUGUGUGUGUGUGUGUGUGUGUGUGUGUGUGUGUGUGUGUGUGUGUGUGUGUGUGUGUGUGUGUGUGUGUGUUUUAGCCUCUUGUCCACUUAACCUAAUUCUGUCUGAGCUGUUUCCACAUUACAUCAGUCAAAGUUCUUUGAGACUGUGUACGCAGCCUGACUGUUUUUUUCGUGCACUUUUUGAAGGAAAUCAAGUCCUCAACUGUCUUUUUGUACAUAUUGUUUAGUUGUGAGUGGGGGGGGGGGGGUGGAAACAGGGAUUGCCUAGAUGCCUCUACUGUUUUUGGAAUCCGAGUCUUAAUGAAUGUUCGUUUGUUUCAUUGUAAAUGCAGAGGUUGAGAACACGGCUCUUUGUCUGUGUAAAUAUGCAUCGGGAGCACACAGGUAAAUGGGCGAGGACUGAGGACAAUCACUAAUUAUCAAUCACUAAAAUCGAUUCUACAACAUUCCAGAUGCCUUGCAUUCAAAACAUGUCUUAAAGAAGCACAACAGGUUAACAUCAUCCAAUUUGAAGGAAGAGAGUAUAUUUAAAAAAAAGCCCAAUCCCCACAGUUUAAACAAAGACACGCGUGUUGUCUUUCGAGGACUGACGGCUCGGGGGACCCGGUGUUUGAGAAGUCAAUCCAACUUCUGGUUUUAAUAACUGCAUCUUUUUUAACAGCGAUAUACUAUACUCGUUCAGCUAAAAUAACUCAUUGUAACGUUGAAUAAGAACUGUAACCCACACGUAAUUGAGGCUAGUCGGCUAAUCUAGCAUAGGACGAACCAGGUUGUCUUUUUUUUUAUUGGGUAUACUAGUGAAAGACAAUGUUUUUAUGUUCACACACAGUGGCUUCAGAUGUUAGUGGUAAUUAGAGCUUCAUGCUGCAAGAGGCUUCUUAAGUACUGCCAACACUGUGAUUAAUAAAGCAGCAGUUUUACAAUAUGACAUUCCAAUAAAUGCAGAAAUGGACAGGGGGAAAGUGGAGUGCUGUGAUGAACUGUUGGGACGUGGGUUUGACUUGGUACAGAAAUGACAUAUACAAUGUAUCAAUUAAAAGCUGACCUUUGACCCAGGGUGAGGAUGAAAUGAGACCACAUUAAAGUCGUGAGCAGGCGGUAAUCUCUGCUCAGUAACGAAGCAAAAUUCUCAAUUAUUUAUUUAUGUAUCAUUGGCGUUUGGACUGCAGAUAGUCCGACGCAGCAUUUUUAUGACUAACAACUCUCCCUUCCCCUUUUUAAUCCGUCUUAAAGGUUUUCCCAUUUUGUUGUGAAUUUGUAAAUCUUACCUUCACAUGGCUGAGGAGGUACAGAAGAGACUGUUCAACAAUACAUUAAGUGACCUCUUACCGUCCUGUGGAAAGGAAUUGAAUGUCUUCACUUAUGUGCGCUGCAAUAAACGAAUUUGUGAUCUGAUUAAAAACCAAA